AUGCCCAGAACAUACCAAAGGGCAUCAGAGAAAGGCAAAUGGUCAGCGGAUGCACUUAAAUCAGAAUUGGAAACUAUGGAAGAAAAAAGAAGAGAGAAAAAAGAAAAAAAACUCUCAACAACUUUAGAAAGUAAAAAAAUCAACAAGAAGCCAAAGCACAUUCGCAAUAUUAAGUUUGAUGACGAUGAUACUGAACCUGAGAGUUAUUCUGAAAGCGAGCUUUGUGUUGAUGAUGACAUAGACGAAGUUGAUCCUUUCCCAACCCAUGAAGAUGACAUCUGUUUAAUUUGCGGAGAGUUUGAAAUGGAUGACGACUUUCAACCAAUAACGACCACAAGUUUUUAUGGUCGAAAAAUAUUUUCUACAUUGCAAGAAGCUGCGGAUGCAAUUGAGAGUCACGAAGACGAGGCUGAUGUAAUAGUCCUGCCACCAGAACCGGAUGUUCUCACCGAUCAAGAAGAGUUUGAUGAUGAUAAUAUUAUGGAAAGCCAUAUUCCAAACGAUGUGCCCGGAUAUAUUGAAGUAAAUUUUGGCAAUACAGACGAAUGGAGUGACAGUGACGACGAGCCAUUAUCAAUAUUUGUCAGCAAGCGUCCUCGUGCCGAAGAGAGAAAUCCUGUAUGGGAGAAAAUUGAGCCGGUUUAUGUUUUCUCACGUGACACAGAAAAUGGCGCUAAUGAUCGUUUAGAAAAAGUAAAGGAAAGUUUACGUGGCUAUAAUCCAGUGCAAAUUUUUGAGAAACUGUUUGACGAUAAUGUGUUCCAACUUAUGAUAGAGCAAUCAAUUAUUUACUCUCGACAGAAAAAUAAUCAUGAUUUUUUUGCUACCAUGGAAGAAAUGAAAAUUUUCAUUGGAAUUUUGUUGCUCUCUGGGUAUCACAAAUUGCCACAACAGAGGAUGUAUUGGUCUUUAGAUGAAGAUUUAGGUGUCAAAAUUGUUUCGGGAUCUAUCUCACGCAAUAGAUUUCUAGAAAUAAAAAGAUACCUACAUUUUGCAGAUAAUGAUAAAAUAAAUAAAAAUGAUAAAAUGUUCAAGUUACGGCCCCUUAUGGACAUUUUGAACAAAAAUUUUAGACAGUGGGGAUUUUUUCAUAAAUCUCUGAGCGUGGAUGAAGCAAUGGUGAAAUAUUUUGGGCACCACUCCGCCAAACAAUUUAUCCGCGGAAAACCAGUCCGCUUCGGAUUCAAGGAUUGGAUGUUGUGCAGUUCAACCGGGUAUUGCUACGCGUUUGACACCUAUUGUGGCAAAAACAGUGAGAAGAAGGGGCAAUCACUUGGUCUUGGUGCUGAUGUGGUAAUUUCAUUGCUAGAACAUCUAGACAACCCAGCUGACCACAUAGUGUACUUUGACAAUUUUUUUACCACUCUUCGUCUCAUGAACCAAUUGACAGCUAAAGGUAUACGUGCUACAGGCACUAUUCGUGAAAAUCGGCAGAAGAAUUGUAACAUUCAGUCUUCUAAAAUGAUGGACAAAGAGGAAAGGGGCACAUACGACUAUAGAUUUAACUGUGAGAAUAACUUACUGAUUGUGAAAUGGAAAGACAAUAGUGUUUGCUCAAUGGCUAGUAAUCACGAUUUUAUUGAACCUCUCAACUACGUCAAGCGAUGGUCGCGAGCCAAAAAGGAGAUAACUACGGUCCAACAACCUUUGGUUUUUCAAAAUUAUAAUGCUGGAAUGGGCGGCGUUGACUUGAAUGACCAGGCAACAAAUACUUACAGAAUAAGCAUAAGGGGCAAGAAAUGGUGGUGGUGUUUAUUCACUCAUAUGGUCAAUGUAACCAUGACAAAUUCCUGGAAGUUACAUCAAAUUUGUGCCUCGCCGGAAGAAAAAAUUAGCCUUCUUGACUUUACAAGAUAUGUUGCUCGGUAUUAUCUCCGCUUGAACAAUAAAACUCGUAAAACUAAUCGACCAUGUCAAGUUCCUGGUGCUGUGAGAUAUGACAAUGUUGGUCACUUCCCAGAGAAGAUUGAGAAACAGCUUAGAUGUAGCGUGUGCCAUUUGCAGCACGUAGAGCAAAAACUUCUCAUUCCUAGUCACUCCUCUUCAGCUGUUGUUUCGAAUAUCAUAGUAGCUUUGAAUAUUGGAUUUCUAAUAGCUUUGGCUAGAUGUUUAAGAAAACCUAUACAUCCUAUUUUGAACGAAUUUGUAUAG